UAGAUAUUAGAACCGUGGAGGAUCAUGCGAACCGACAACAAUGGACUCGCCCGAGACACUUUCACAGGCGCCUCCACUAGUAUAGAGAUUCGAAGCCCAGACGAUGUAACAGGACUGGAGAGGAUCAUGCUCGUUGCACAAGGUGACUUGCAACGACAUCUCAGUGCUUUCUUCGCUCGUACCAUCACUAUCGAAUGCAUCUAUACAGAUACGGGACCUCGCGGGACUGGUGCAUCUCCAGCGAAUCCGAUCAAGCAGGCACGCCAAGUACACCUGAAAUGCGGCUCCAAAACUCUGUGUAUCGCGACCUCUUCAGUUACUGUAACCUCACCCGAGUGUGAGCGAUUGCUCCUGGAUGAGAAAUUCGCCCUCGGCCAAAUCUUCAGGCAUCUCCGAGUCUACCCAGAAUUCUCUCUCCUCGACGUCGGCGCUCAGGUCGCUAAUGGUACAAGGGAGCUCCGUCGGACCUACCAGCUUGAGACAGAAGGCAUCAAGUGCGAGAUCGUGGAAGUGUUCCCAGACCGGGACAUGUUCGACUUGGGCGAAGCCUGGCUCGACAGGGACUGCUAACAAGGAUUGUCCCUAGGCGCAGCCAGGCAGACAAUCGUCGAUGGCUUCUCUACACCGGAGUAACACGACCGGGAAAACGUGCGCGGAUUGGACAAGCUAUAUACCAUUCUAUCUACCUUACGGACCACAGUUAUGAACAGCCGAUGGUCGCGCGACUUCCUAUGUACAUACACGCGCGAGGUCUUGCAUAGAACGGCAGACCCUGUGUCUUCACAUAGAAUCGACAUGGACUGCAUCGGUCAAAUGCCUGGCACCACGUAACACAACCUUCGGCCGCACCCGGUGCACACCUGCU